CAGUUAUGCCACGUUGAGGAAUUCAAAUACCGGUUCGCCGGAAAAGGGGCAACUCCGAAGCGAGAGAAGGGAUGGCAUCUUUCAUGACUCCAUCCUUCUCUUCGGUAGUUGCAAUAAAUCCUUCGCUUCCUCGUUCAACUUUUCCCCUUUCUACUAUGCCGAAUCUGUCCUCCAUGGCUGGUGAGGCCCCUGAUGGCUUAUCAUCUCCUUCCCAUACGCUACGGUCGUCAGGUGAUUCUUCUCAUCUCAGUAAUGGGGCCCGUCGCCGCCACUCCUUUGGAUUUCCCAGGAGUGGCUUGAAUUGUACUAAUUUAUGGAUUUCUGUUGCUACGAAGCCGGAGCCUUUGAAGAUCAUGAUAUCGGGGCCUCCUGCAUCUGGGAAGGGAACACAAUGUGAACUGAUCAAGAAGAAAUAUGGUCUGGUACAUGUUGCAGCAGGGGAUCUCUUGCGGGGGGAAAUUGCAGCAGGGACUUCAAAUGGUAAAUUAGCUAAAGAAUAUAUGGAGAAGGGAAUGUUGGUCCCUGAUGACAUUGUUGUUGUGAUGGUUAAGGAACGCCUGUUACAGUCAGAUGCCCAGGAAAAUGGCUGGCUUUUAGAUGGUUACCCAAGGAGCUUAUCUCAGGCAAAAGCUCUAGAAGAUCAAGGCAUUCGGCCUGACCUUUUCAUUCUUCUUGAAGUAAAUGAAGAUGCCCUUCUUGAAAGAGUGGUUGGAAGACGCCUAGAUCCAGUUAGUGGAAAGAUAUACCAUUUGGAGUAUUCUCCUCCUGAAAAUGAAGAAAUUUCUGCUAGACUGGUGCAGCGAUUUGAUGAUACUGAAGAAAAGGUGAAAUUGCGGUUGAAAACUCAUCAUCAGAACGUAGAAUCUGUACUCGCUUUGUACAACGACAUCACUGUGAAGGUAAAUGGAGAUUUAUCAAAAGAAGAAGUUUUUGGUCAAAUAGACAGGCAUUUGUCCUUUUUAAUUGAGAUGAAAUCAAAGGCCGAUUCAUCAUCCACGCCUGCGGGCAAGGCGUAUUAGGUUUUUUGCCAGCAACAAGCAAUAAAGUUCUCGCAUCUAAUUAACAAGCAAGGAGCUUGGAGUUGAGCAUUGUAAGUCAACUUCUACUAAACCCUGUCGCUGGAUCAGGGGAUAUUUUAGAACUUUUUUUCAGGGAAGCUGAUAAAGCUUACAGAGAUAGACGUUUUAAUGAUGUAUAGUUCUUGAAUUUCUUUUCUCUAAAACACCUAUUCCUUUUAUUUCUCUCCACUUUUGGCUCUUAUUCC